GCUGGUGACGAACGGUUUUACAAACAGACAGUUGUUAUAUGUUUUUGUGUUAAUUUUCAAGAUGAUUUUGACUAAAGUAGAAAACGACGAUCCAGAUUAUGUUGAGAGCUAUAAAGAAGAGAUGAAGAAAGAAGCGGAAGGCAGCGAUGCGCUGGAGCGGGUGCUCUUCCACGUUGGGGAGAUGGGCCGCUACCAGAAACUGCUCUUCCUUUCCAUGCUGCCGUUCAGUCUGUUCUUUACCUUCAUAUACUUCGGGCAAAUGUUCAUCACGGCCACACCGCAGCAGCACUGGUGCCAUGUACCGGAGUUGGAACACUUAGAUUUGGAGACCAGACGCAACUUGUCUGUACCCCGCGUUGGGGAAGGUUGGGCGCAGUGCGUUGUGUACGCGGCCAACUGGAGCAACGUGCUGGACGCCAUGCAGCCACCGGAGCCCAGUACACCCACGGUACCCUGUCAACACGGUUGGGACUUUAAGCUGGGAGACAUUCCAUAUCAUACCGUCGUCAGCGAGCGGGGCUGGGUGUGCGAGUACGCCGGCUACGCGCCGUUCGCUCAGACAAUGUACUUCGUGGGCUCCUUCACCGGAGGUAUUAUAUUCGGAUGGGCAGCAGAUCAUUUCGGACGGGUUCCAGCUUUGGUCGGUUCAAACCUAAUAGCGUGCGUUGGCGGCUUGGGCACUAUAUUCACAAAGGGACUAUGGGAUUUUAUCUUCUGUCGAUUCCUCGUUGGAAUGGCGUUUGAUAACUGCUUCAUGUUGUUGUAUAUACUCGUGUUAGAGUACGUGGGUCCUAAGCAAAGGACGUGGGCGGCGAACUUCCCAAUCGCCUUCUUCUUCGGCGGUAGCUUCCUGCUGAUCCCCUGGCUGGCGUACUGGAUCGCGGACUGGCGCAAGUUCCUCUGGUACACUACAUUGCCGCUGUCAUCGUGUUUGCUGGUGCCUUUCCUAAUACCGGAGAGCGCUAGAUGGCUCGCAUCGCGCGGCAAAGUGAGCCAAGCUGUUAAAGUAUUGAAAAGAUUCGAGACAAUCAACCGCACAAAAGUCCCACAGAACAUUAUGGAUGAAUUUAUUGUAUCAUCAAGUCAAGCCAGAGAGAGGGAAUCUAUAAUCGACGUGUUCAAAAGCGCCCCUUUGCGGAAGAUGAUGUUAUUACUGAUGGUAAUCUACAUGGCUUGUAUGGUGAUUUUCGACGGGCUUGUGCGCAUGUCCGAGGGUCUGGGGCUCGACUUCUUCCUGGCGUUUACCCUCGCUUCAGCUACGCAAAUACCAUCAGUGGGGCUUGUUGCUGUCUUACUGGACAGGUUAGGAAGAAGGAACCUCGCGAUGGGACCUAUUGUUAUUACAGGAAUAUUUACAGUAACCGCAGCUUUCGUGCCUAAAGGUCUACCACAAAUGAUAUUGGCGAUCGGUUCCCGGUUCGCAAUCAACAUGGCGUGCACGGCGGCGGUGCAAUGGAGUACCGAGCUGGUGCCGACUGGCGCGCGCGCCUCGGGCCUGUCUCUCGUGCACGUUAGCGGUUACGUCGCCAACAUGCUCUCACCAUUGAUAGUCUACUCGGCACGUAUCUGGGGUCCGUUCCCAAUGCUGACGUUGGGCUCGAUCGCGUUGACGGCGAGCAGCUUCUGCUUCUUGCUGCCGGAGACCAAGGGCCGGCCAAUGCCGCAAACCAUCGCUGAAGGAGAGAAGAUCAUGAGGUCACACACUCUCUGCGGAAAAGCUGAGGAAGAACGUGAUUUGAAUGAGAAAGAAAAAGCGCUCAUCACAUAAUUCAUGCGAAAUAUUUUUGUCAGUAACAAUUGUUGUUUUUGGAUUAGUUUUAAGCGCUAGUUAACGUCGAAAUAAACAUGUAAACAUUACGUAAGAGAAGAUUAAGAAACGUUACGUAAGAAUAUGAUAAUUGAAUAAGAUAUUUAUGACUAUGUAAUUAAUUUUCAAUAAGAUUGAAGUUAGGAAAAACCUAA